AUGUAUCUUCUUCCCAAUACCCAUCAACACAGAGUUAGACAUUUCUUCCCAAAGGAUCCAACUGAGGUUGCCACCAGAAAAAUUCUUGUCUUUUUCUUUGUUGAUCCAGAAAAGCCAAUUGUUUCAACUUCAAACAUUGAUAAUCAGAGGAGAGAUGCUGCCAUUUCGAAUGCAUUCCCUCUCGUUAAAAAGUUACCUUAUCCAAUUCUUAUUAAGGAGAUUAUUCCAUUCCUUCCUUUGAUGAGUAAGGCACAAGCCGAAGAGGUUCGUGAGCAAUUGAUGGAGAGUAGAAAGUACAAAAGGGAUGAACAAAAUGAAUUAUACGAAAGAGAAUUCUCAUUAUGUGAACAUUAA